UUUGAGCUUGUCUCGUAAUAUGCGCCGUUAUCAAAGCUCUCCCCCGCAAUAAUCAUCUUCAUUUUAUAUCUACAUAAUGUGUCCGGGAUUUUAUUAUCCGAUCGUAUAGGGUUUGGUAUUUAGGCACUUUAUUUCCCGAUUAUCUCCCCUUUUUCAUACAGCAGUGGAAAGAAAGGUUGGUAAUUUGUGAGCCCAAAAUAUUUUUAAAAUAUCUAAAUAGUUCUGAGCAUUUAUUAUAUUUAUAACAGUUCAUCAAUGCAAACAAGUAUCGAAGUCUAAAGCGGUUACUUUAUUUCGCUCGAUGACAUAAUUUUAGAUUGAUUGGAAUAGAUUUAAAUGGGUAUGGAUGCUAGCAAUUAGACCAGCCCUUUAACACGAGGACAUUUGUCUAGAUAUGUGUACCUAUUCUAUAUUUUAACUGUGAAAAGAAUUAGUUUAUCGUUUUAAUAAUUGAAUUUGAAGUUUAAAUUAAAAUAAUUGGGAUAUUUUUUGAGCGAACAUGCCAAAGGUCAAAAAAGGUCAAACUGAGGGGACAAAGGGGCCAAAGAAUAAGAGGAAGAGAACUGAAAAAACCCGCGACGUGGGAACAUCGUCCGCACAGGCAGAGAGUCUCUCCGAAGAAGUUCCGCAAAUGAUGGCACCAGUGACACUUCAUGGUAACGCAGCCCCAGGAGCCCCUGGUGGCUUGGAUGCUGCACCCAUUCCAGGGCUAAGAUGUUCAGUCUGGAUAGUGGGAUCCUCCUUUGUAAGAAAUGCAGGAAUUGCAGCAAUUAGCAGGCCAGGGGGACAGGGCUUAGGACUCCAGACAAAAGGGAUCGACAUUUGGUGGCAGGGCUAUGGGGGGUUGCGAUUUGUUGAUCUUGCCUGCAAGCUCAGAUGGUUGGCCCAGUUUGAGAAUCCACCUAAUUUUAUAGUUAUCCAUUGUGGUGCCAAUGACAUAGGGCAAGUAAAAACCCAAAAGUUGUUAGAUAGGGUAAGGUGGGAUUUACGUUUACUUGCUUCUGUCUUCCCGAACACAAAACUCGUUUGGUCGUUCUUGCUGCCCAGGGUAGCAUGGCGUUACUCAAAAAACGUCAGGGCGAUGGAGCAGUCACGAAACAGGGUCAACAGGGCAGCAGCCAAAGAAAUCCUAGGUUGUGGGGGGAGGCUUCUUAGGCAUACACAGUUUUUAGGAAAACCUAAACAACUGUACAGCCGGGAUGGUGUACAUCUGUCAGGUCUGGGGAACGACAUUUAUCUAAAUAACCUACAGGGGGCAUUGGAAUAUUUUGUCAAAAACAAGGAGGGAGUGGUUUUCCCAGUGAAUUAAAUUCUAGGGUCCUUACAAACAUGUCCACAGUGGUGUUAAAUUGAAGUUGCCUACCCCCACGAGGUGGCGGUGGGCACCUUUGGUGCCCAAAGGUGCCCAUGUGGCGUAAUUGUCACCUUCAAUUUAACCAUCCAACUGAUCUUAGUAUGUAGUGAGUUUGUUGUGGUUGAUGUUGAUGUAUAUAGAUAUAUUAUAUGGACUAAUAAGACAUUUGAGUAAAGAAAAUCUAAAUUAUGUAAUACAAAUAUAUUAUCAAAUUUUGUGUUGAAUUGUGUCCGUAGCACGAUUGCGGUCAACCCAGCGUGCUACUUUUCCCAGCAGGGAGGGCAUAAAAUGUUGAUGUAGGGGGUAUGCCAUGUUGUCGGCUACCCCAUUGUUGUAACAAUUUUUUGACCACUGUGGACAUUACCUGCCAACUUAAUAAAUCAGUUCAUAAACACUUGUGUUGUUGAAAAUAUACUUAUAUAAGGUCUUUGAUAAUAGCGCAUAUUUGAGCUUGUCUCGUAAUAUGCGCCGUUAUCAAAGCUCUCCCCCGCAAUAAUCAUCUUCAUUUUAUAUCUACAUAAUGUGUCCGGGAUUUUAUUAUCCGAUCGUAUAGGGUUUGGUAUUUAGGCACUUUAUUUCCCGAUUAUCUCCCCUUUUUCAUACAGCAGUGGAAAGAAAGGUUGGUAAUUUGUGAGCCCAAAAUAUUUUUAAAAUAUCUAAAUACCCGCCCAACCCAACCCUUGUUUUACAUGUAUUGUGGUAUGUUUUGUUUGUUUUUUUUACAAAUUUUAAGGA